AACCCGAUUACUUCACGUAUAAUUUCUAUUUGGAUGGAUUAGUCUCCCUUUCUACACUUGGAAAGCUUGCUCGGAAAAACACACCGAUAAAACAAAAUUCUAAUAAUACUUUUUAUGUUGAUCAGGUUAUUUGUACAGCAUUUUAAAGGCGCUGCCAACGAAAUUAGUUUUUAGUAUUUAGCCCUUCGGCUAGUUUCGGUUCAAUAUGUAGGACUACGUACACAGCACAGGUCCAAAGUUCACGACAGUGAGUGAGUGGAUAAGAUGGCGACAGCGAGGAAAACAGUUGAAUUGUUCUAUGAUGUUGUUUCGCCUUAUUCGUGGAUGGCAUUUGAGGUUUUAUGUCGUUAUCGACCUCACUGGAAUAUGAAUUUACAACUAAAACCAUUCUUUUUAGGUGGUGUUAUGCAAGCAUCAGACAAUAAACCCCCAGCCUUCGUCCGUUUCAAGGCUAUAUACUUGCCUAAAGACGUAGAAAGAUUAGGCGAAUAUUUUCAAGUGCCAGUUUCAAUGCCGGCGAAUCCUUUUGAUGUUAUGUUCAAUAAAGGCUCCUUAAAAGCGCAACGAUUCCUGACAGCUGUAGAUAUGGAGAACCCAGAACAAACAGAAAAAGUUUCACGCGAACUUUGGCGCCGGAUUUGGAGUAAGGACCAGGAUAUAACAGAGCCGGAAAGUUUUAAACAAGCUGGUAAGGCAGCGGGAUUAAGUGACAGUGAAAUUGCUGAGGCCCUGGCUAAAAUGACAACCCAGCCCAUCAAAGACAGAUUAAAAUCUCAUACAGAAAGAGCAAUAAAACUAUAUGCAUUUGGUGCACCUUUUAUUGUCGCCCACGUCAACGGUAAAGAAGAAGUCGUAUUUGGAUCAGAUCGAUUUCCAAUCUUGGCGCGUAUUCUAGGUGAAGAAUGGUUGGGACCAGUACCUUCAAAUUCUAAACUAUAGAAACAGAGUUUUACUUUUUUUGGUAGAACUGGCAAUCAACACAACAAAACGGCUGAACAGAUGAUUUAUCUCUACUGUCCUUAGAGGGAAAAUGGCAUCAUAGUUCCUCAACAACUUACACACAUGUGACAGAAUAAUUUAAAAUUAUAAUUACGUUACGCCUUGGUUCCUUGUGAAUUUGUUUAUAAAAGAUAAAAACUAAACAUUUGUUCCUGAUAUAGUUAAAGAUGCAUUAUGUAAAGCUUUUUAAAAGAUAAAUAUCGGACCGUUCUAGCUAUACUGGUUCAAAAGUAGAUAAUGAAAAAUUAAACAUACAUUAUGCAAGAGCUAAAUCUGCCUAUUGCAGGUCUUUCUUUACUUGAUUAGGAUCCGAUCUGCUGCUUAACCCCAUUCAUGAUUAAAUCAAGAAAUGGAUAUUCGAGACUAUGUAUUUAUCGUACAGACUUUAGUAAUGAUGAUCGAGGCUAGAUCCAAAAUUCAAUGGCUACAUUCUUAGUUCAGAGUGGACCAAUUUGACUGACAUUUUCAGCAAAUUCCCUUUACAUUAUCUAGUUUUUAACUAUUAUAGUGAGAACUGCCAGCUCUUUAUCUAAUCUCCCAUAAUGUAUCUUUAAUAUAUUGAUAAUUUCAGUCAAAUUACUUUAAUCUGAUCGAAGUUAUGACAAGAUGUAGCGUAAAUAUUCGUGAUUGUCAAGUACUAUUGCUACACUAAUAAACGAAGUUGCGAUUAUCCAUUUUAACGUUAAAUUAUUGAAUAGCGUGGUUCAAUAUUUGGGUCAUCCAGUUGAAUAUGGACUUGUCUUGUGAAUAAAUGUCUAAAUAUAAAAUAAUAAUUUAUAUAACAUUAGAAGUCAGAAAAAAAGACCUGCAAUAGACCGAGAUUUAUCGUGUAUGAGUGUUUAAAAUUGGAUAUCUAUAUAGAAAACUGUGCUAUAAUGUCACGCGCUACAGUCUGUAGUCCACUUUCUACCAAUCUAAACCAGAAAUUUUAUUUUAUUGAAUUCAUGAAUGUUUCAAACGAUUAUAUCGACGAUAAUUUCCAUAUGUUGAAAAAUGUCGUUUGUUGGUGAUUCAAGAUAAAAAAAAAUAUUUUGAGUAUAAUUCUUAGUUGGGGAUAUUUUUAUACGCAUACAUUGAAAUGUUGUCGUAUAUAGCCUUUCCGAUGAUAAUCAUAAAUAAUUGUCAAUUUCGUCAGUACAUUCUGCACUAAAUGCAGAAUAAAUAAAUGUAGGCGUAUAAAAGCACUAUUUAAUCGUAAUUAUCGUAAAACAUGAUAAAUAUCCAGUUUCAAGUAAAAAUGUUAAUCAUGCCUAUCAACAUAAGUAACUGGUCCGUGCUGAAUAUGCCCUUUUUACACAUAUCAUGCAAUCUUCAUUAUCCCGUUACGUUUAGAAAAGUAAGGUGUUCAAUUUCAUUUUAUUUCAUUUCAAAUUUUAAGCUUGUGCGUUGAAUUUGUUUUUGCCAUUUAAAUUAAAUGUGAUAUAUGUUUCCUUCAAAUAUACUUUACAAACCAAUAUUGACAAACAUGUCAGUUUCAUCAAUACAUAUAGAGGAUCUCCUACGAGUGUUUUUUGAUAUCAAAAAAUACCAACACAAGUCGAUAAAGUCAAAAAAACGAGGCUCUGCCGAGUUAUUUUACUUUAUCGACGAGUGUUGAUAUUUUUUGAUAUCAAAAAACACUCGUAGGAGAUUUUUUUAUCACUCAAUCCUGUCUUGCAUGCACAAAUAAAUAAAUGUAAUUCUUUACUAUAGAUUUCACUUGUACUGAACCUGAUUACACUAUGGCGUAGUGAUACACCAUUUUUUGACAGCAAUUCAACCAUUGCAAAGUCCUUUAUAUUGACCCAGUGUUUAAAUGAAAGUCAAUUACAUAAAAAUAGUUCCUUUUUUAAUAAGAAAGAAGUUAUGUUUAAUAAAAAUGAAUUGUUCUUUAAAAAU